CUGUGACAUUAUGCUGGGAUAAACCAGCAUGAUUCAUGGCUGGAGAGACGCUCCCAGCUGGAGCAGAUAGAAAUCACUCGGUGUUGACCCUUGUGAAGGGCAGCAUCGGCCCCUCAGAGUGGAAAAGCUGCUGGGAAUAAGGUAACCCCGCAGCCAGGAGUGUUUAUAUUUCAUAUUUGACCAGUGCUGGCGAGGCGCUGGGUUGGCUCUCUGCCGCGGAGGGCAGCGGCCGUGCCACGCUGCGGCGGGUUGCCGUUCCUCUCCCCUUUUGGCUGCUCUCCCCGAGAGCUUCUGGUGCUUUUGAAUUUAUGCUUUAUUGUCUGUAGUUUAUUUAUAUUUAUUAUUAUUUCUUUUUCCUGAAACAAAGGCGACUUGUGUAAGAAGAGUAACGUAAUUGUUUGAUAUAUCUGUAUAUAUGCUUGAAAUAAUCCAGCAUCUAAUUUUUAAUGAAGCGUGAAAGAAAACUAGAGCUCAGCACAAUCCGUGCCCAGCGAAGAUCCUAAUCUUCCCUUUCCGACAGAGGAGAGCUGCAGCGGGCACAUUCCUUCCAUGACCGAGCGGCGUGGCUGCCGCUGGCCCCGGCAGGGAGGCGAACCCAGGGCCGGCAACCGGGCACCGGGACUGGGCACCCACCGGCCGGGCUGUACCCCCCCGUACCCCCACCCAGGGAGUGCACCGGGGGGGUCCCCCCUCCACCGGCUCUGCCCGGGGGGCGAUGGAAACCCCCUGAAGGACGAGCUGGGAAAGACAGCCGACAAAGGUACGGUUUUUUCGGCCGCCGCAUGAGUACGUCCUCGGCUGGCGAUGGCCUCGCAGCCCACGCCGGCGUGGGUGCUGCUGCUCAGCCUGCUGGCCGGCUGCCUGCCAGCCGCGCAGCCCCGGGACUUCACCGCGAAGGACAUCGUCUACCUCCACCCUUCCACCACGCCGUAUCCUCGUGGAUUUAAGUGUUUCACCUGCGAAAAGGCAGCAGAUAAUUACGAAUGCAACCGAUGGGCUCCGGAUGUCUAUUGUCCAAGAGGUACAAGAUACUGCUUUAGCCAACAUAUGAUGAAAGUCACUGGAGAGAGUGUAUCCGUCACCAAACGCUGCGUACCAUUAGAGGACUGUCUGUCUACGGGAUGCACAUAUGUAAAGCAUGAAGAAUACAAGAUCUGCACCUCCUGCUGCGAAGGAAGCAUCUGCAACCUGCCCCUCCCACGGAACACAACAGACGCCGUAUUUACAACCCUCUCCCCCCUCAACAAAACACAGCGGCCCUCGCAACCCGUCCUGCUGACCACGGCGUGUCUGUGGCUGGGGUUGAUGUCACAGCGCUGGGCGACGCUGCCACGCGCGGCGGGUCCGGACAGCUGAGCCGGGCGAGAACAUCUGCGCGAACGGUCAACCUCUCCGUUCUUUGGAGUUGUCUUUGAAAGACUGGGUUUCCUCCUUAUUCUUUGUUGAUGACGAACUCGUGAGCCCGGGAGGUAGACGCAGUCGAAGGGGGUAAAACCUUCAUGUGCUUCUCUACUGUUUUCUGAAGAAACUCACGCCAAACGUUCCCAGAAUCCAUGGCUGAGACUGACGCAUACGCUUUUCUUAACGCCUGUCUUUUCUCCAAGAAGAAACGUUAUUUAAAAGUACUAUAUCCCUGCCGGCUGCUAGUACUACCACUUACACAUUUGAAACUUUCUCAUUGUAAUUUGUCACCGCGCUAACUCGGGUGUCUCGUUAACCUCUUUUGAGAACAUAGGGUAAAUAAUAUAUAGUCGGUAUGUCUUUGCAGUGUCCCCACAUCUCCUCUCCUGUAGCGAGGCAGCAGUCGCUGGAAGGGAUGAGGUCAAGGGAGCAGGAGCAGCUUGGAUCAGGCCAGCAUUGCACACGGAUGCUUCCUCUGAGAUCCUUCUGGAUUGAGAUGCUGGUGCCUGCUGAGCCAACAGGUUCCCAGCUUUUCAGGGCUUUAGGUAUUUUCACAUUUUGGCACCCAGUCCUACAGUAUGAGAGAGUGUCAAUCCUGACUAGCUUCUGUUAUUUUAUUUAAUGCACUCCUGCUAUGGAGUAUGGACUAUUACUAGCUACAGCUGUAUUUUGGUGACCUGUUUUGCUCGGAAAUCAUGUAUGCAAUAUUUAUUUUUGUAUGUUGAGUAGGAUCUAAAGUGUUUAAAAGAUUCUUAUUACUGAUAUUGCUAGGCAAAAUGGUUGUUUGGCAAGUAGGUAAGCCUGUAAUAUAUAAAUUAUCAUAAAUAUAUAUAUAUAUAAUGUUUUGCAUCGCUUUUAAAAAAGAAUCAACUUUGUUUUGCAAGGUCAGUAAUAAAAGCAGGGUGUUGUGGACUUGCUUUAAAGUUAAACCAAACUUUUUUAUAAUUAAUUUUUAUUAUUUUUU